GAGCUAGAGGAGAGGAUGCGACCAGUGUUUCAGAUUUAGACCGUCUCUCCAUGCUCGCAAGUGCGAAUGCAUCAUUUGUUCUUUUAAAUCAUCUCACAGGCUCGUUUGAAGGCUGAACAGUAAACCAGAUGACAGGAUGGGGAAUGGUUCAAUGAAAUCAAAGCGCUACAAACACACGGACGGCUCUGCCGCUGCCUCCAACAGCCGAGCCCACAAAGACUGUGGGUUCAAAAACUCAUCCCUCGACUCCCUGAGGGUACGAGUGGACGAGCUGGAGCGAGAGGGCAAGAGGAGGGAUGAGGAGCUUAACGCCAAAGAGCAGCAGAUCAAAGGUCUCCAGGAGCAGCUGGCCAAACAGACACAAGCUCUGGCCGAGCUGAGUGAGGAGCUGCAGAACAAGUGCAUCCAGCUCAACAAGCUGCAGGAUGUGAUGAAGAACCAGAGCGGGGCCUCGGCAGCUCUGGCAUCAAGGCAACCUUCCAUCAAAGCUGGCUGCAAGGGGAACAGCCCCCACCUCAGUGUUCGCAUCAAGGAAACCCUCAAUAGAAGGAAAGGGGCCAAAGCCGGGGUGUCGGCCGAACCCACAUCCAGGACCUAUGACUCCAGCGGCCUGCCAAAGUUCUCUUUCGAAAAGGCCAGGGUAUUGAAGGAUGCAAGUGUAAAGAGGGUGCUGACAGAAGCCCUGAACAAGAACCAGUACUUGAAGAGGCUGGAGCUGCAGCAGAUCAAAGACAUGGUGGAGUGUAUGUAUGAGCGCACCUACCAGCAGGGAGAGUACGUCAUCAAGCAGGGAGAGCCUGGGAACCAUCUAUUUGUCCUGGCAGAUGGGAAGCUGGAUGUGUUUCAACAUAACAAACUGCUCACAUCGAUAACGGUGUGGACCACGUUUGGAGAAUUAGCCAUUCUGUACAACUGCACACGGACGGCAUCAGUGCGAGCGGUGAACAAAGUGAGGGUGUGGGCUUUGGACCGGGAGGUGUUUCAGAACAUCAUGAGGAGGACGGCUGAGACGCGACAUGAACAGUACCGCAACUUCCUCCGAAGUGUUUCACUCUUGGCUAAUCUACCAGAAGACAAGCUAAGCAAAAUAGUGGACUGCCUCGAGGUGGAAUACUAUGACAAGGGAGAGCACGUCAUCCGGGAGGGAGAGGAGGGCAGCACCUUCUACAUCAUCGCACAGGGAAAGGUGAAGGUGACCCAGACCACCGAGUCCCACAAGUUCCCGCAGAUCAUCAACACGCUGCAGAAGGGAGACUACUUUGGAGAGAAAGCACUUAUAAGUGAUGAUGUCAGGUCAGCUAAUAUCAUCGCCGAUGAGAACGGGGUGGAGUGUCUGGUCAUCGAUAGAGAGACAUUUGAUCAGACAGUGGGCACCUUCAAUGAGCUGCAGAAGUACCUCCAAGGCUACGUGGCAACACUUGAUCGUGACGACAAGAAGAGACAUGCCAGAAGGUCGGUGUCGCGGCACCAGAGCCAGCCGCUGUCGGCCGACGUCAUCCAGCUGAAGGACAUGGUGGCGGUGUUUCCUCCAUCCAGGCCCUUCGAUCACCUGGAGGUCGUCGCUACUCUCGGGGUCGGUGGCUUUGGACGAGUAGAACUGGUGAAAGUGCAGGGCGAGGACGUCACCUUUGCACUAAAGGUCAUCAAGAAGAAGCACGUCGUGGACAACAGGCAGGAGGAACACAUCCACUCGGAGAGGAAGAUCCUCGCCGAGGCUCGCUCGCCUUUCGUCGUCAAACUCUAUCGCACGUUUAAGGAUAACAAGUAUGUGUACAUGCUGCUGGAGGCCUGUCUGGGUGGAGAGAUUUGGAGUCUGCUCAGAGACAGGGGGAGUUUUGAUGAGCCCACUGCCAAAUUCUGCGUUGGAUGCGUCACAGAGGCUUUCGAUUACCUCCAUCGCAAGGGUGUCCUCUACAGAGACCUGAAGCCUGAGAAUCUCAUGCUGGACACUGAGGGAUACAUCAAACUGGUUGACUUUGGUUUUGCCAAGAAGAUCCGAUGCGGCCAAAAGACCUGGACCUUCUGCGGGACACCGGAGUACGUGGCCCCUGAGAUCAUCCUCAACAAAGGCCACAACUUCAGUGUGGACUUCUGGUCUCUGGGCAUCCUGGUGUUUGAGCUCCUCACUGGCAGUCCUCCGUUCUCAGGGAGUGACCAGAUGAUGACGUACACUUUCAUCUUGAAAGGCAUUGAGAAGAUGGACUUCCCCAAGAAAAUCACCAAGAGACCCGACGACCUCAUACGAAAGCUGUGCAGGCGAAAUCCCUCAGAGCGACUGGGCAACCUCAAAAAUGGAAUAACUGAUAUCAAGAAGCACAGGUGGUUUAAUGGCUUCAACUGGGAGGGAUUGAAGGCGCGGACUUUACCCUCUCCACUGAAAAGAGAACUGACGGGACCAACAGAUCACGGCUAUUUUGACAUCUACCCUCCAGAUGAGGAAAGUCCUCCUGACGAGCUGUCUGGUUGGGACAUGGACUUCUGAGACCUUCUGCUGCAUUAUUCCAUUAUUUUCCUUCCUUUGCACACCCUAACAACCGAAACGUAAUGGGCAAAGGUGAUCUCGCAUCACCUCCGGCAUGGUGGAAGUCCUCAGGUUCUGCGCAACAGUAGCUGCAAACAGCUGGUUACUUUAUGAACUUACGAUUGGCCAUCUCAACACAAAUGAACAGUUAGAGGAGAUUUCUCCUUUGAGUUGGACUGGGAAGUUAAACAGCUUGUUAUGUAACCAUCACUGUCCUUUUGGUUUAUAUAUCUGACUGACACUCUAGUUAAUCAGGUACAAUGUAGCGCUAAUAGUGGUGCAGUAGUAGUGGCAUGUCAGCGUAGCAAGCUAGAAUCUGUAAUAGUGAAAAGCUACUGAGGUUCUCCACAAUCUGAUGCUGAGAAACGAUGCUCCUGUGUGUUGCAGUGGAUCAACACACCCCUAAAUCAAACACAGAUGGCAGUGUUCGUGGGUGGGAAGCCAGUGAGGGAUCAAGUCCUUGUUACUGCAUUAAUGACCGUUUCUGGAUGUUUGGGACACUAAGCCUGGGUAAAGACAACACAUGUGUGUGUUACUUCAGAGUUGGGUAAUGUGAAACAGCUCUGCAUUGUAAGACAUCAAAAACACUUUCACCACUUACCGUCCCAACGACAGAGUGAAGCGACUUUGAAAGUGCGACAUUAGAUGCUUUAUCUUUGCUGUAGUUUCAAAGUUCGUAGAGUUAUUGAUUGCAGCUUUUGCAUUGCUAAGUUAGCCUGCAGGCUAAGUUACUCAGGCUUCAUCUCAGACUGCUUUGGAGGGAGUAAGUCAUGAAACACAUCGGUGUCCCGUGUCACAGUAUUAUGUUUUCACAUUCCUUAAUCAAUCUAUGCUACGCCCCUAUGAUAAUCUUUGACAGAUACCUCUGAUAUUGUUUUCAGACUAUUUUCUCUGGGCCCUCAUGAUGGCUCCAGAUGUGGUUGGUAGGGAAAUUGACGAUGCAGCUGCAAAGUCCUUAUUUCAUACAGCUAAGGGGAAUUUAUGAUUACAUGUGCAGUUUGCUUACAGCUGGAGAGGAAUGGAGGUGUGUCGGGAGAAGAUAUGUGUGGAGAUGACGCUGCAAAAAAACGGCAAGCAACUCAAGAACAAACAAAGACUCUGGAGAUGAGAUUCUACUCCACUGCUUAGACGGCAUCGAACCAUAACAAAUGUUAAUGCUAAGAAGCAUCAAGAGUUCCUUGUGCCAACAGUGUUAUGCUCACAGUUCAUCUCCACUGCCCAAAGUAGACACCCAUAAAAGCAUGAACAUCUUCCCCACUUAAGUUAUAGAGUGCGAGCAUCCCGCGGCAGGGAGCCUGAGCUGCAGAAAUAUUUACCUUUUUGAAGCUGAGUCAACUCUGCGGUUCCCAGCUUCUUAAGCAGAAGGGGAGUUCUGCUCCGUCUGAGGCGUUGAUGAUGUGAGGAGGAGCAGCAAAGAGGUUAAACUGGAGUUAAGGGUUAGAAAUAUGGGUAUUUUCCAUUUUGAAACACUUGAGGUUUACAGUAAAUCAACUGUGUACCAGGUGUCUAUGUAUAUACGGUCUACUGUAAAGCACAAGCAUCAAAAAUACACAAUUUAUACAAUCCAAGCUACUUGUUCCUUUAUGUAAACCUGAAAAACCGGGUGAGUGAAUUUUGUAAAUAGCACAUAUAUAUGUAUACAUUGACUGGUGAAUGUGUGUGUACAGUGUGUGAUAAUGUCUGUGUAUGGAAGCAGCUGACAUUCUUGGAGAAGCUGUGGCCUUAAGAUAAUGAGACUGAUUUCAGGAUACAGCUGUGUUUGUUCAUAUUUCAGAUGGAGUUUUUGCUUUUGUUUUUUUAUUUGACUUUUUUUAAUUCAAUCAAAUAUUUGUCUUAGCUGGUCAAUUUAAAAUGUAUUUUAUGCCACAAUAGAUUAUUAUAUUUUAUUUUAUUACCAAUAUUUGCCGAUCUUUCUCACCGUGGACAUUUUGACUUGAUGAUCUUGGUCGGAGGUUAGGUUGUGUUUUUGUGUUCCUGUAACCAAACAGUUGUGUAAGUGAUGUAAGUUUUGACAAAUGAACUAGAAGAAAUUUGUGAAGAAGAGUUUCAGACGUCACUUCUCUAAAUAAACUUACAACAACCUCGUCAGUGUCAUCUAGAGCUGUAGCGAAUGUCAUUCUUUUGAGGUUUUUGAACGAAGCUUUGAAUUUCUUUUUUAAAUCCUCCAACAAAUUCUUCAAUUUGAAUAAAGAGAUUCAUUGGA